GAUUUUUGGGGGGGACGAUGAGUGAUGGGUUCAUAAGUUGUGGGUGUAACCUUGCAAGUCAUUGGUUGUAAGUAAUGAUUUCUGAGGGAAUGCUAGCCAACUCGGAUGGGAAGGUACGCUCAGGAGCUAAGGAACCUCAAUGCGGAAAAGAAACCAAGAUCUUGAACAAGCAUCUUAAGUAAUUCCGCUCCCCUCCCUUCCUUCAGUAUUGUACACGCAAAGGAAAUCUCUCUCUCUAUCUCUCUCUUCUUAUCAAGUCAACAUUGGAACUCUCUUUAAUUCUCCUUAAUGCCAUCUUUAUGCAUCUUAUAUGCCUUGUGGUCUCUAUCUUUACUGCCAGGUGUUAACGAAUAUCAACAUCACGAUCGAGAAAGCUCCACCUUCGAGCUUCAAGUACUAAACUAUCUUGCUUCGAAGCCAGCUUCUGAUGGCAGACAUAUAGGAUGAUUAGACACCCAAAGUUCGAUUCCGUGUUGUUGAGAGUCUUCCCAUAAUGCCGCAACGCCCGGCAAGUGUAUUUGAGUGGAUCGCUGGUCCUGCUCCAACCAAGGCUGCAUACAGAUCCGUUGACAUGGCCAAUUCCAAGUUUGCCAUAGCAAGUCCACCCCGUAUUCGUCGCCGUGUUCAAAUCGAAGUCGAGGUUUCUGAUUUUGGUGCCUCUUCCGCCAGCUCUUCUGAAGAAGAACCUCCUCCGAAGCCAGCAGCCAAGAAAGCCGAAAAGCCCAAAGUCAAAGUCAAAGAAUCGGAAUCAAAGAAACCUCAAGCGACCAAGGAAGUUGACAAGAAAGUCAAAUUUCAAGAGCCAACUCCCCAAGAUCCAACUCCCAAACUUAAGUCUGCAUUGAAGAAGAAUACCUCGGAAAUCUCAACAAAGCCUCGCCCAUGCGAAUGCUUAGAAUGUAAAGCUCGGCAGAAACUGAAGAAUAAAAGCAGCAUGGAAGAUUCCAGCGAUUCCAGCGAGGACAGUGAAUAUGAAGUUGCACUGACCAAUAAACCAUUCAAGCCGUUGAAGAAAAAGCAACAACCGAGCAACAACAACCAAAUCCCACAACCACGAAUUUUGAAGCUCAAGCAAAAUCCAAAUUUUCAAACGAACCAACGUCAACGGUAUUUUAGUGCGAAAGAACGUGUCAAUCAUCAGCAGCCCAGAAUCAAUAAUCGCCAAUACAAUCAAGAGAGUUCAGACGAUUCCGACCAAUCUGAGAUCGAAGUUGUUCAACAAAAUCAAAGACCACCGAGCUUUCUCAAUCAUAUGAUGGAGAGACGGAUCCUUCAAGAAAUGAGAGCUGAAGUUAUACUUCGCGAAGAUGUGAUUGAAACCCCGUCUGAUCCUCGUCCAAACGCAUUUCUUGACACUAAAAGUGGUGUUCUUCGAGUUUACCAUGGUCGGGUGUAUGGUAAUCCUUUUGCGACACUUCUCACGCCAGCUCAAGUGCCAAUUGGUACCUUUGCUCCAAACUCAGCGCAUUUUGGUGGUUUACCUCCAAUGUGUAAUAUGUCUGGGGGCAACGGGCCCGCACCUUUCGAUCAAGACCAAUUUCCAACAGAAUUUCCCCGCAAUUUUUCGAACAAUACUGUCAAACACACCCCCAAUCAGAACUCUCACCGCAAUUUUUCUAAUAAACAUUCUAACCGGGCUUCAUCCAACAAUCAGCGCCAGCAGCAGGGUAGCAGCGGCAAUAAUAACAACCAGCAUGUGCCUGGUGGUUGGGUCGAUGAUACAAACAAUAAUUCGGGCUCUGGUUGGAAUAAUAAUGAAGACCAGACAAAUAAUAACCAGGAAUUAGGUGAUUGGGGCAAUAACGGUUCAAGCAACAAUCAAGGCCCAGGUGGCUCUGGGAAUAAUGAUCAGAAUCGCAGCCAACGAGCCGCUUCUGUUAGCAGUCACAGAACUCAGGCCUCCAACAAGCAAAACAACAACAAGAAGGGCGAAAAGGGUCAAGCGAAUCAGAGUAAUCAGUCUAACAACAAUAACAACUCCGGCAAUGGAUGGGGCGUAGACAAUAAUGAUCAGACUGGUAACCCAGACAGCUGGGGUGUUAACAAUGAUACAGGCGGGAAUUCUGGUUGGGGAAAUGAUGUCAAGCAAGAUGCGGACGCCACAGCGAACAAUGGUACAUGGGGAAAUGAUAACAGCAACUCGAAUGACAAUUCCAAUAAUCAGAACUCUGGCUGGGGAGGAAAUAAUCAGGAGUCGAACAAUCAAAACUCGGGUUGGGGUAAUGAUAACAACCAGGAGUCAAAUGACAACUCGAACAAUCAAGACUCCACCUGGGACAAUGAUAAUAACCAGAACUCGAAUGAGAAUUCCAAUAAUCAGGGCUCGGGCUGGGGCAAUGACAAUAACCAAGAGUCGAAUAACGACUCCAACAAUCAAAAUUCUGGUUGGGGAGCAGAUAACCAGGAUUCCAACUCAAAUAACCAAUCUUCGGGUUGGGGUAACAAUGACAGUAACGGCCAGCAAAACUCCAAAGACCAGGCAAACAAUGACAAUUCCGGUGGUUGGGGAGGAAACUCAGGCGAUCAAAACAAUAAUACAUCUGGAGGCUGGGGAGUUUCGAAUGAGAAACAGGGCAAUGCUACUUCCGGAGGAUGGGGAAAUCCUAAUAACAAACAAAACAACGGCAAGUCCGGCUCUGGUACAACUUCUCAAAAUAACACCAGAUCGAACAACAACAACUCAAAAAAGCCACAAAACAACAAGUCAAGAAACAAUCAAAAGUCCAAAAGCUAUGAUGAUCCUGAGUGGACCGCCCACAACGACAAUCAAGAGGAAGAUCAAAACCAGCAAGAUAAUAGUAAUGAUUGGGGGAAAACCAAUACAAGCUAUAAUGUUGUACAAAGCGCCAAAGGUAAAGGCUGGAACAAUAAGAAAACUCAAAAUCAAAACAAUAGUGGCAAAAAAGGAAGUUCUAACAAAGGAAGCCAAUGGGGAGGCGAUGGUCAUAACUCUGGCGAGGGGGGAGACCAUGAUGAGGACGUAGAAGAAGGAAACCCGCAGUUUAGGGAUCACACACCUACUAGCAGUGAGAUAUUGAGGAAUUGGGAUAUAUCAAAUCAGGGUGGUUAUGCGGGAUUUGGAAAUGUGAACAUUGGGAAGUAUGAUGGUGGAGGGAAGAAAAAUAAUCAUGCUAGAACACCUACUGCCUUGAGUCUAGCAGGAAGUUGGGCGUCAUCGGAACCUAGCGAUAAUGAAUACACUGGUAGAGGUCGCAAAGGUGGUAAGGGGGGUAAGGGUGGGAAGAGCAAGGCGAGUAAGUCGGUCAAUACGGGGUAUGAUAAAAAUGCAAGUGGCAGUAGUGAAUGGAAUGUUACUGGCACCGGUGGUGGUUGGUAAAGAGCUCACAGUUUUGAUUUAUUUGAUGUAUCUAUGAAUGGGUGGACCUUAUGUCAUGUUGUGCGAUUACGUGGAGAAGGGGAGAAAAGGGGGGUGUAGUGUGGAUGAAUGAAGGAGGAAGAGAGAUUUCUGUUCUGGCAUCUUACAAAAUUGGCCAUCGUGCAGGCUAUUUGAACUGCUCAAGUCUCUAUAUCAGCGCGGAGCACUUGUACGUUAGCAAGUUUGCAGAAAUUCCUUAUGUGAGCUUCACGAAUGGCAUUGAUGGGGUGAGGAGAUAUGUUCGCUUGGAGUUGCGAGGAUUAAUAGAUGAUGAUGAUGAUAGCACGGUACAAUAGUAGCAGCAGAAUUUCAAUGGCUUCAUGAAAUGACGUUGGAACUGUAUAAGUUUCUGUGAGAUUGCCUCUUAAAAUGAUAUACGAGA